AUGUCGAGUUCAUUAUUUUCCUCCAUUCUACCGCUAAAAUCCGCGCCAUCGGACGAGAUGGAGAAGCUCCCCGGCUACGACGAAGCGACGCGCUCCACUCCCACCGAGUCUUCUAGCGCCUUCGACGGCGCGAGCAAAAGCCCCAGUCUCAAGUACGCCCUGAUCUCGAUCGCCUGGACGGAUCGCAUUCGGCUGUUGCGGUUCCCCGAGCAUACCACCGAGCGCAUCUCGGCAGUCCUCCGCGCCGCUUGGCCCAAGGGUAUCCAACAUGUGAAGCUAGUCGCUGAUCAUCCCGAGAUCAAGCUGAAAGGGAAUCCGUUCUCGUAUGCGCAAGACGACGAAAAGAUCGCCAUUCGGCGUUGUUUCCUUGAGAUCUUCGGCGUGUUGGCGCAGGAGGGAUGGGGCGUUCAUCCGGUGUUGGCGGGCACAGGGCGCAUUGGGACGUUUGGGAGCACGGCGGAGAAAGACUGCAUUGUCUUCCAGCGUCAGCCCGCACAGCGUCUCUCCUGGAUGUGCGUGUCCUUUGAUUCGAGCUCGUAUAUCCACCUUAUCAACAGUCCUCCGGAGUUUGGGCAAUCCAUCAUCCAAGUCUUCGGGGAUCGCGUCGAGAAGUGCAACCGGGACUUAGUUUCAGGGAACUUCGAGAUCAAAUUCCGCGAUGGGCCCUGGUGGGGGUCGUUGAAGAACGCGGUUUCGAGCCGACUGAUCAUCCUGGACGUCCUGCGAUGCCUGGAAGAGCAUGGAUAUGCGCUGUGCGCCAGCGUGGAUCUGGAUAACGGGUCCGGGGGGAGUGUUUACAAGAGCAGUGCCAAUACAUGGUUUUGCUGUCGGUCAUCAGAAUUAUGA